AUGGAAGCGUUAUGGGACACUGGAGCGCAGGUCUCCAUUUUCCCGGAACAGGUACUGUCUGACAAUUUUUCUGAUUUGAAAAUACGUGAUAUUAGUGAAUUGCUUGGUGCGGAUUCUGGUCUGAAUUUAACUACGGCAAAUGGGACACCAAUCCCUUAUAAAGGCUGGGUAGAAUUCGAAGCUAGAUUUAGAUUAAACGGAGAAGAUAAAAAAGAAGUAACAGUACCAUUCUUAGUAACACCCGAACAGUUGGAACAACCAAUAAGUGGGUACAAUGUUAUUGAACUGUUUUUGCAAGAAGGUGAAAACUACUCAGAUAACUUAUCGGUGGCACACCAUAUAGUGUCAAGUUUUAAUAAUGUUGGAGUGAAAGAUGCAGAGCAAUUGAUAAACAUUAUCCAAAGAAAUGAUGGAGAGUUGUUUUGCCAAGUGAAAACAUCCAAACGUCACAUUACAAUACCGAAGAAAGCUACCAAAACAGUACCCUGUCGAGCAAAUACGGGAACGAUUGAGAAUACACGACCACUACUUCUUGAACCUGAUGAAAAACAAGAGUGGCCCCCCGGAUUAUUAGUUCAUGAAACCUUAACAUCCGUGAAAAAGGGAAAAUCCACUAUCAUGCAAGUGCAAAUGACAAACGAUACAAUGCAUGAUAUCGUACUACCUGGACGGACUGUUUUGGGAAGCCUUGAACUUAUUCGUCCUGUUACACCAAUUGAGGUGAAAUUAAAGGAAAAUGUAGAUGAGAAAAGAGUUGAUAUGAUUUGUUUUGCUGCUUUCCAAUGCGACAUAUCGGGAUUUAGUCAAGAAAUCUUGACAAUUGGUUGA